AUGGCACUGCAAGUAUUGGUAUUUAUUGUCCAUGUUAUCAGUUUAGUGAGAGGGCAAGUCAGUUACUCUAUUCCAGAGGAAAUGCCAAAAGGCUCUGUUGUCGGAAACAUAGCCCAGGAUCUGGGUUUAGAUUUGAAACGACUUAAAUCGGGUAAUGGGCGUAUAUAUACUGGAGAUAGUGCGACAUACAUCGAACUGAAUAAAGAGAGAGGGGUCUUGCUUGUAAAAGAGAGAAUAGACCGUGAAGCGAUUUGUAAGCAGAUCACUCCGUGUGCUUUGCAUUUACAGAUUAUUUUAGAGGACCCUAUUGAAUUGUACAGUGUUAAUGUAGAGAUUACCGAUAUAAACGACAAUGCACCUGUUUUUAAAACGAAUGAAAUGAAAUUUGAAAUAAUUGAAUCCUUGCUUAUUGGUGCGAGGUUUGAUUUAGAGAGAGCCAUUGAUAAUGAUGUUGGCGUCAAUGGUCUUCAGAGCUAUUUGCUUAAUCCAACUGAUAACUUCGCCUUGAAAUCGUCAGGUAAAUCUAGUAAAAACGUCGAAAUGGUUUUACAAAAAUCGCUGGAUCGAGAGAAACAGCCACAAAUAGCACUGACAUUGUCUGCUAUGGAUGGAGGCGACCCACAAAUGACAGGCACAAUGCAGAUACUGAUUACAGUGUUGGAUGCAAAUGAUAAUGCCCCUAUAUGUUCGCAGUCGCUGUAUAAAGCAAGCGUGGAAGAAAAUUCACCCAAGGGCACGGUUUUAGCUACAGUAAGAGCAUCGGAUGCUGAUGAAGGAUUACAUGGCUUAAUUCAGUAUUCCAUUGCUAAUGCUGUGGAUGGGGCAUCGGAGCUCUUUGAGAUAAAUGAUCACAAUGGUGUUCUGUCUGUAUCUGGAAAUAUAGAUUUUGAAAUAAUGCAUGCGUAUGAGUUUGAUGUUCGUGUCACAGAUCAUGGAGGCCAUUCUGAUACGUGUAAAGUCAUCAUAGAUAUAAUUGAUAACAAUGACAAUAAACCCGUUAUCAACAUAAUGUCAAAAUCUAAAGAGAUAAGCGAGAAUUCUAAAUUGGGCACUGUUAUAGCUGCAAUAAAUGUCCAAGAUGCAGAUUCAGGUGAUAAUGGAAACAUUCGCUGUUCUUUACUCGAUGCAGAUCUUCCAUUUACACUUAGAUCUGAAUCUAACAGCUUUUUCAGUUUAGUUACCGAUAAUGAAAUAGACAGAGAAAGACAAUCAGAGUAUAACGUCACUGUGCUUUGCUCUGAUGAGGGAGUCCCUUCGCUCUCCAGCAGCGUCACUCUCUCCCUAAUGAUAUCAGAUGUCAAUGACAACGCGCCUGAGUUUGAAAAAAGCGCAUACGAAGCCGCAAUAGUUGAAAACAACAAACCUGGACUGUCUAUUUUCGCAGUAAAAGCCACAGAUGCAGAUUGGAAGCAGAAUGCGCGAAUUUCCUAUAUGCUGGAGGACUCCAUGAUCAACGGGGUGUCUGUGUCCUCGUUCGUGUCUGUCAGUGCUGAUAGCGGAGUCAUCCAUGCAGUGCGCUCUUUUGAUUUCGAGCAAUUAAAGGAUUUUAAUUUCCGUGUAAAGGCGCAAGAUGGCGGCUCUCCUCCAUUAAGUAGCAAUGUCAGUGUUAAAAUAAUAAUCCAAGACCAGAAUGACAAUGCACCUCAAAUUCUCUAUCCAGUAAAAACGAGUGGGUCUCUUGUCACUGAACUAGUGCCUCGUUCAGCAGAUGUCGGCUAUUUGGUGACUAAAGUAGUGGCUGUUGAUGUGGAUUCGGGUCAGAAUGCUUGGCUCUCAUAUAAACUACAGAAAGGGACAGACAGAGCUCUCUUUGAUGUUGGUGCUCAGAAUGGAGAAAUAAGAACUAUUCGCCAAGUCACUGAUAAAGAUGCUGUGAAACAAAAGCUCGCUGUUGUUGUGGAGGACAACGGACAGCCCCCUCGCUCUGCUACAGUCAAUGUGAAUGUGGCUUUAGCGGACAGCUUUCCUGAAGUGCUCUCGGAGUUCACCGACUUUACGCACAAGGAAUACAACGACAAUCUGACUUUUUAUUUAGUCAUGGCCCUGGCUGUUGUUUCAUUUCUUUUCAUCGUGUCCAUCAUAGCCAUACUAUCGGUGAAGUGCUACAGAUGGAGACGUGAGCAGAUGUUUUAUAAAUCCAAUGGGAAUCUACCGGUUAUUCCGUAUUACCCGCCUCUUUACGCAGACACAGUUGGCACAGGUACCCUGCAACACGUCUAUAAUUAUGAAGUCUGCAGAACAACUGACUCCAGGAAAAGUGAUCAGAAAUAUGGCAGAUCCUGUAGCCAGAGCAUCAUUAGUCUGGACCCAGCUGGGACACUUCCUCAUGCACAGAAAGGCGUAGCCUCGGCGGAUUUUGACGAACAGGUGAGAAAACCAUGA